UUGACACUGUAACAUUGUGAGUAAUUUAUGUUAUUACAUAAAUACAGUAAUUGUGAGGUAAUGCUAUGAAUUGACCUAAGAAUUAAGAUUCUAUUGGAAUAUCUAAUCAUCAUUUAAUAUUAAACUGAAGUUUAAUUUGCAACCGAAAUUGGUUUAAAACUAUUAUAAAAUACUGAUGAAUUAAAUCUCUUGAAUAAAUUUAAAUUAAGAACUUUUUAAUCAAGGAACCCUUUGCGUGUUUAUAUAUUUUUAAGCUGUUCGAUUUACAAAUUUGACAUGUAACCGCGAAAAUAUACCGCCUAAAUAUAAUAUUCGCGCCAUUGUUUUAUAUAAAAAUGAACAAUGUUUCACAAGAAAACUUUAUUUUCGAUUUCGACAAUGAUAUAUUAAGUCAAUAUGAUGAUAAUUUCGCACUAGACACGUGCCUAAAUGACUACGAACGUGAAAUUACUGACAGAAGUUCACAAAAAGACGAAAACGCCAAAUGUAUAGUAUCGAAAAAAAUAAGCUCUAUAAAAACAGUUAAAGGACAAGAUGCACAGGUUAAUAAUAAUAAUAACAUAGCACCAAAAUUCGGAAAACACAUGAAAACAUCUGCAAAGCGUAAAAAAUUUAUUCCUCCAACGAAAUGUAAAAAAAUACAGAAUAAUGAUGAUGGUACAAAUAAUAGAUCAAAUGUUGGUAUCACUAACAAAUGCCUUGAUGACACAUUUUAUGCAACACAUCAACUGGGGUUAAAUGUAGAAUCUCAGAAUGACCAACUUGACAAAAUGAAAGAAGUAACCACUAAUGUUUUAGUCGAGUCCAGUAUUCCAAGUGAUUGUUCUCAAAGCAAUCGUUUUAAAAAUGAGUAUUUUCAUACUCACAAUGUUACUGGACAAGCUUGCAGUCCUAACAUAGAAGAUAGUUUGCUUCUAAAGCAUAAGACCGAUACCCAUUACACUCAGAGUUGUGGAAACGUUAAAGUUGUUAAUGUGGACAGAAAAACGAAAACUGAUUCAUUAGGAGGUCUUAUAUUUAACUCCAUAAAUCUAUUAAAUGACAAUAACCUAACACCGUGUGCUUUUACAAGAGAAUCCUCUUCAUCAACAGUUACAGAAUUGAGCAGAACCCAAUCUACGACUUCAGUCAUAUCUCUGAAAACUUACAAAAAUCUAGAUGACAAAAGUUUCACUGUAAAUCAUAAUAUACCAUCCGGUGCAGAGUAUUUUGAACUAUUUAACAACAGCCUUGUUAAGAAAAUUUUUACACCAGUAGUGAUGACGGUCAAAUAUGGUGACAUUGGUUUUAAUAUGAAAUAUUCUGAUUACAUGAAGACCGCAGGUCCCAUGGAACACGUAAAUCCUGAAGUAAAUGAUACUAUAAAUAAAAUAAUUACUAUGUACCCCGAGGAGAAUAGAAAGCUACUUAGAAAAUAAAAUUUAAAAGUCGUCUGUUUUAAAUAAAAUAUAUUUAGUAAUAAAUAUAUAUAAAAUAUA